AUGCAGCCAUGUCGGAAGGCCCCAGAGAGAAAACCCUUCUGUGAACGGCUACCGCCCGAAGCGCCACAGCCGCAACGCUCAGUCUCGCCAUCAAGCCCGUCGGCGGACAACAUCUACGAUGACGUGGCUCUUGCACCCAACAGACCUACCGGAAAGCCACCGUCCGAAGACGAGACCUACGAUGACGUGGCUGUUCCUCCCAAACCACCGACCGGGAGGCGUCUGCCGGACCUGCCCACGGAUUUCCCUGGGACCGAGAGCCCUGUCUACGACGAUGUCGCAGUUCCACCCACGGAUUCUACAGGCUACCCACUGAAUAAGAAAAGAAGUUCGCUGAACCUGAAGCAAGAACCAGAGGAAGAAGCCAUCUACGAGGAACUAGACAUUGCGAAAAAGAAGGGAAGGCGAAAGUAUUAA